AUGACAGCUCAGGAGAGUUGGGAAGGUGGGGCGGGACAUCGAAGGUCCCCGCCCCCCAAGAUUUCUCCCCUCCCCGCAACCCAAGCGCCCCUCCCCGGCCCCGGCAGGCGCUGGGCUCGCCCGCCCCUCCAGCGGGAAUGGUUCCGCCCCGGCCUCGCCUCCACCACUCCAUCCCGCCCCUCCCGCCGCCACCGGAAACAGGCUCAGCCCAAACAAUGGCCUGGAACGCCCGGCUUUCGGGCCCCGCCGGAAGCCCGUCCAGCGCCCAACAAAAGCGGCGCGACAAGUCUACGACUGAGCCGAACGCUUCUGGGCGCCGCGCGCCAGGGGGAAACGUUCGCGGGGGAACGUUCAGGAGAAAACGCUCCAGCAACUCCCAGCCGACCCCGCCCCUCCCCGACCUACCAUAGACGCCGUCCUCCAUGGCGGCUAGGAAGGCCCGCGGGGAGUCCGGGGCGGUCCCGCCAGUCGGGCCUGGAUCCGCGUUGGCCCGCGGGCUCGGGUGAGCCCGCUCAAACGCCCCGGGAGCCACCGCCGCCUCCUCAGCGCCAGUCCUCAGCGCUGAAAAGACUCUCCCUUCGUCGCCCAACCGCCCCUUCAGUAGGGACCGCCCCUCUUUUUGACACUGUCCAAUCCACAGUGGGCGCUUUCGUCCUCCCCGCCCUCGCCACCAAAGGAUCGUUCUCCAGGGCCAACAGCCGUACAAAAAGCGGGUGUAGGUAUGUCCGGCCAGAGGUAGACGGCCCGCGGGGCCAAUCGGAGUGCAGGCAGGGCAGCAGGCCCCGCCUCCGAAACAACAGAAAGCACUUGACAGGCUUGCUCUCCAAUGAGAAGCCCCGGAAAAGUGUCGCGCGGAGGCGGAGCCACGCGGUACAGCCACCUCUGCGCCUGCUCAAAGGCCCUGGACACUUGGAGUCUAGACACCCGAGUUCAGAGCCAGCCUCCAAGAGUAUCUUACAUCCCAGCGUCUCCUGGAAGGCCGUAUGAUCCAGCACUGGGGAGAGGAGGGAAAUCCCCAGGACUCGAAUGCCCAUCCCACCCUCGGUGUAGUGAGGACUCAUCCUGCUGGAAAGGCCCCUGAAGAACUUCAAGUUCCAAUGUCCCGUUUUUACAGAUGGGGAAACUGACAUGAAGAGGAGUCCAAAGUGACACAGUCAGGCCAGAAAUGUUGCUUCUGAAGUCCUGAGUCCACCUCCUAGCACUGCCAAGCAGUCCACCUGGAGGUGAUGAGAACUUCCAGGCUUUGGUAAUGGACAACUCUGUAUCCCUGGAGCCUUCAUUCCUUUUGGCAUUACAGAACCACAAGAAGUCAUCUAGAAUCAUUGAGAUUCUCAACUCCAUUGGGCAAACUGGAACCAGCAAAAUCUCAGAUAUCUAGAAUUGCCACUGCUUCCUUGACUCUGUGAUCAGUCUACAGCCACAGAAUCCUGAUUCCCUUUGGACAUUCUAGAAUGGCACUUAAAAAAAAAAUAACAACCCACCCAGUGGAUCCUUUCAAA